AGAGAAGAGCAGUAGAUCAGUCGGUUUCGGGCAGGCAUGAGGAGCGUACGCUGCGCUCUAUUGACAUCGUCAGCGGUGGCGCCCUGUCACCGCUGCCAACUUUUUGCUGGAGCCGCCAGUAGCACCGACGUCGACAGUCCAAAUCGUUCUAAGGCCCUCGCAAGCAGUUUAUUUUUCUUUUUCACGUUUUUGUUGUUAGUGGAUUUUUCAUCCCCAGUGACGGGAGAAGUCUUUACCAACAGCUUCCUGGUGAAGCUCAAACAACCGAUAAGUAGACACCUCGCCGACCGAGUCGCCAAACGGAAUGGAUUUUUUAAUGUGGGACCGGUAUUAGGAAGUCAGACAGAAUAUCAUUUUAUACAUAGAGCUUUGCCUCACAUUCGAGCCAAAAGAUCUUUGCCUCAUACAAGAAAACUAAAAGUUGAUCCACUGGUACAUAUAGCUGUACAACAGACAGGCUUCAAAAGAGUAAAACGAGGAUACAAACCUUUGAGCGUGGAAAAACUUGUCCCUCUAUUCGACGAACUGAAAAAUCCUCUAUCCAAUCCAGCAAGUCGUGAUCCAACAGAUCCAUAUUUUCAAUACCAGUGGUAUUUAAAAAACACAGGACAAAAUGGUGGCAAGCCUAAGCUUGAUCUCAACGUUGAAGCAGCUUGGGUACAAGGAAUUACCGGCAAAAACAUUACAACGGCUAUCAUGGAUGAUGGAGUGGAUUACAUGCAUCCUGACCUUAAAUUCAAUUACAAUGCGAAAGCAUCAUAUGAUUUUAGUAGCAAUGAUCCAUACCCAUAUCCGAGAUACACAGAUGACUGGUUUAACAGCCACGGAACGAGAUGUGCUGGUGAAGUUGCUGCUGCUCGAGAUAAUGGUGUUUGUGGUGUAGGAGUAGCUUAUGAUUCGAAAGUAGCGGGAAUAAGAAUGCUAGACCAACCUUACAUGACUGACUUAAUUGAGGCCAACAGUAUGGGGCAUGAGCCUAAUUUAAUCGACAUCUAUAGUGCUUCUUGGGGGCCAACCGAUGAUGGUAAAACUGUUGAUGGUCCGAGAAAUGCAACAAUGCGUGCCAUUGUGAGAGGAGUCAAUGAGGGCCGUAAUGGACUUGGAAAUAUCUACGUAUGGGCUUCUGGUGAUGGUGGCGAAGAUGAUGACUGUAACUGCGAUGGUUACGCUGCAAGUAUGUGGACUGUGAGCAUUAAUAGCGCAAUCAACGAUGGACAAAAUGCUCAUUAUGAUGAAAGUUGUUCCAGUACGCUAGCAUCAACUUUCAGCAAUGGCGCAAAAGAUCCUAAUACUGGAGUGGCAACAACUGAUUUGUAUGGUCAAUGUACCACAACCCAUAGCGGCACAUCAGCUGCAGCACCUGAAGCUGCUGGAGUGUUUGCUUUAGCAUUAGAGGCUAAUUCUCAGUUGACUUGGCGAGAUAUCCAGCACUUGACAGUUUUAACUUCAAAAAGAAACUCAUUAUUCGACGCAAAAAAUCGUUUUCACUGGAAAAUGAAUGGAGUAGGAUUAGAAUUUAACCAUCUUUUUGGGUAUGGCGUACUCGAUGCUGGAGCUAUGGUUGCUCUUGCAAAAAUUUGGAAAACAGUACCACCAAGAUAUCACUGUCAAGCUGGAAGUAUUCAAACAACGACUGAAAUACCAAGUGAUCGAUCGUAUGUAUUUAAAAUCAGAACAGAUGCGUGUGCAGGUACUGAAUACGCUGUAAAUUACCUUGAGCAUGUACAGGCAGUUAUUUCGAUUAAUGCUACACGUCGGGGUGAUCUAGAAUUGUUUUUAACAUCUCCAAUGGGAACAAGGUCAAUGAUUUUAAGUAAAAGAGUUAACGACGAUGAUCGUAAAGAUGGCUUUACAAAAUGGCCAUUCAUGACCACACACUCAUGGGGAGAAUACCCACAAGGAACAUGGUUACUUGAAGUGAGCUUCAAUUCCGAAACUCCACAACACGGCUGGAUCCGUGAAUUUACACUAAUGCUACAUGGUACACGAGAACCACCUUAUGUUGGCUUACCAGUCGCUGAUCCACAUUCUAAAUUAGCGAUUGUUAAAAAAGCCCACGAAGAAAGAAAUGUUGCAGAGUAAAGUCUAACUAUUAUUUUUACGUACCGAAGGCAAAAGAAUUUUAUCGAAUGAAGUAAAUCCUUUAUUAAAAGGAUUGAUUUUCUUUCAAAGUAAUUGGCCCAAUGAUAUUUUAAUUUUCUCUAUUUGAAAUUUUAGAAAAGUUUUUUUAUAAUUUUUUUUGUUAAAUAGCAGGUCUGAUGUGAUCAAUAUUCAAAGCGAAAGCCCAAAAUUAUACAUAAAACUUUAUCACUAAUAAUGCGAGUAAAUACAAAAGAUAACUUAAAAAUAUAUACUUCACUCACCAUCAUCGUGAAAAGACUUUUUUAGUACAAAGAAUCAAAGUGUAAAUGAGCAAUGAUUGUUUAGAAAGUAAAAAUUCAGACCAAAUAAUAUUGCUUUUAAAUAAUUAUUAAUUUUUGAUAUAAGAAUCGGUAAAUGUUUAAUCUCACAAACGCUACGUAAAAUAUUAUACAGUUGUAUGAUUUCAUUUGGCUAUCAGGAAAAUUGUAUUUAAAACAUGAAUUUAAAUUCUUUAAAUGUUUCAUUACAUUAUGAAUUACGAUGCUAUAUUUUUAUCUUUAUUGUCUAACAUAUUAAUGAAUAUUGGUAAUAAAAAAUUAUUGUUUGUAUUUAUAAUAUGUCAGUAUGGAUUGAAAAAAAAUGUAUAAAAAUGUUUCAAAUGUUUAGAAACUACCUUAUGGUUCGACGAGAAUAUUUAUUUGUAUUGAAUGAGAUGUUAGAAAUUUGCAAAGUAAAAAAACCUUUAGUCUUUUUCGACAAAUGUAUACAAUUUUUUCAGCUCAAAUAAAGGUUUUAUUCAGUUCUUAUAACUUUUAAAUUAUAAGACAAUCUUAUUUCAAAUUUAGUGUCUUCCACCCAAAAUUUUUCAUUGUUAUUUAUCAGACUUAACAUAAUAUCCGGCUUGACUAUUGUAAAUCAAUAUUUAAUGUAAUUUGAUUUUUUUUGUCAAUUUAAAACGCUCAUUUCGUCUUUCCGUAUCGUUAAGAGCGUUUAAUACGAAAAAACUAAAAGAAAAACUUAAAAAAAAAAUGAAACUCUCAUUACUUGUCAAAACUACUAUUUCUAACGACUUUGUUUUGUUAAUACACUAAAUUUCGCUUAUACGUAUAUUAUAUUUGCUUGUACAAGUUAAAAAAUGUAUUUACCAUACUAGCAGUCUAAAGGUCAAGUUCUAUAAUAAUGCAUUUUAAUUUUUAAAAAAAUUAAUCCUGCUUGUAGGCCUAUAUUGCUAAAAGAUGGAAGUAAAAAUGUAAAAAAACAAAUUAAAACUUUGAUUAUAACUUUUAGAAUAUAUCAGAUGUUACUAGACUGAACUUUUUAAUAAAGUCAAACUUUUCUUUUUGCACCUUUAGUAUUGAGUGAGCACAUUAUUUUGCAUGCUAGUCGUGCGAACGAGUGAUUUUGGGAACAAUUUUAAAACAGAACCGAUAGUAGUCAUUCAGUGUAAUUAAAAAUUAUCGAUGAAAUUCAUUUUUAAAUUCUGUAUUAAUACAUAUUUAAAUUACCUUUAUUUUUUUAACAGAAUUAAUGAAUCUGAAUAAAUAUUGAUUGAUGAAUGUUAAAGUUGAUGUGAUUAUACCGUAGGAAAAAAUAUUGUUAUUGAGGAAAUAUUAUCAUAUGAUUAUGUUAUUCGAAAAAUUGUAAAUUAUCUGAUGAAAUAUUACUUUAUAUUAUAAUGUAAAGGUAAUUUUUAAUAAAUUGCGCUAUGAAAUUUUUAAGAAAUAUAAAAGUCCUAUUUGAAAUAGACAUGACUCAUAUCAGUUCUAGUAUACUACAAUUAAUGAAAUCACAUCAUCCGAGCGAAUAUCAAUAUUGAAAGUUAAUUGAUAAAGUUUUUAUUGAAUGAUUGCAGUCAGAUUCUGCAACGAUGUGUCUUUGUAUAUUUUAGUAUUCUUUUUUGUGAUUAUAUUUUAAAUACAACAAUAAAAAUGAAUUAUUUUGAAAGUACUGCAUAACA